AUGCCAGCGACCAAGCAUCCCGUCGUCUUCAUCCACGGGGCUAUGGGCUGGGGCAAGACGUCACCGCUCUUCAACAGCCUGCCGUCCUACUGGCCGAAGGGCGCUCUAGACGAGCUGAAUCCCAACCACAUCAUUGUCGACGUUGGCAAGGUUUCGUCCGACCACGACCGCGCGUGUGAGGCCUUUUACCAGCUCUUUGGUGGCACCGUCGACUACGGCGAAGCCCACGCCGCGGCCUGCGGUCACUUGCGCUUUGGUGCCACGUACUCGAAAGCCAUGGCAUUGCACCCCAACUGGAGCGAGCAUAACCCUGUGCACUUGACCGGGCACAGCCUUGGCGCCACGACGGCAAUCGAGCUCUACCAGUUGCUGUGUAAAGACGCAUUCCACGUCGGCUCGAACCACAAGUGGGUGAAGGGCAUUGUGAGCAUCUGUGGACCGUUGACCGGGUCGACAUUGGGCAACUUGCUUGGUGGCGACGUCGAGAAGGGUUUGUCGUACUGCAGUGCGGGCUACGUGGUGGGCACGGCGCUAACGGUGCUUUGGAAGUGCCAAGAGUUUUAUGCGCCGUGGCUCAAAUCCGUGUACGACCUCGGGAUGCCACAGUGGACGCGUCAUCCAUCAUGGUCCUGGGUAUUUUCACGCGCGAACGACAUGUACACGAGCCGAGACCUCGCGUUCUACGACAUUCUACCCGCUGCACGUCUGCGCAAGAACGAAAUGCUCAUUGACAUGGACAAGGUGCAUCUGCUGAGUAUCGCUACAAAGGCCACGGACACCGGACACAGCCUAUCAGUGCUUUCGUACCUUCUUCACGCGUUCACACGCGGUCUCGACGCCGACGCAUUGUACGACGGUACGGUUAUGCUCGCUAUUACUUGAUUACACGCGGUACCAAAGCGCAUGGAUAGGGUUCGAGAGCGAUCACUGGGCGCACAACGAUGGGGUUGUCAACACCGUCUCAAUGCGCUACCCACGGUCAGACUCGGAUGACUCGGAUGACAGCGGCAGUGUUACUGACCUCGAAGCCAGCCGAGGGAUGGUCCAAGGCAAAUGGUACACGCGACUUAUUGAGGGGAAAAACCAUCUCUGUGGCACGCACUGGGACAAUACUGCUGCCGCAUUGUACAAAGAUGUGUUUGCACAAAUAGUCUCUUGGGAAACGUAAGGUGUCGA